AUGUUCAGGGUGGUGCUAACGGAGACAAUAGACGCGAUCGAGAACAGCUUCAUCAACCACGUCGACAACGCCUGCGAAAAGUCGGCGAUAGUAACGAACACAAUAGCGAGGAUCAUGCCAGACAUCAGCGCCCCGAGAAGCAGUAUGACACGUCUCCUAUUUAGUGUUUCGUCAUCAAUACUGCGAUGUGGGGUUCCCGUCUGCGGUGCAGUGCUGAAAACUGGGGCCAGCGGAACCGCGCUACAGAACAAUAUCGUCGUAGAAAGUAUACGCUAUUGCAUGGAUGAUCGCCAUUUGCAUCACGCGGCGGAGGAUAUCGAGUGCUACAAUCGAAGGAACACCUGGAACGUAAGGAAGACGGUGAGAAUCGAUUCGAUGACGACGUGGCGCAGAAAUGGGACAAUACGGGGAAAGAAAAGGAAACCUACCGGCUAA